AUGCUGCAGAUGGUCCAUUUCAUCCAACAAUUUCUAAAUCAACAGAACCAGCAGAAUCAGCAGAGUUGGGGAGCGUUCUUACCAACUUUUAGUGGGGAAGAUCAGCAAGAUCCUAUUGUCUGGCUUAGAGAUUAUAAUGCUGCCGCUGAAGCCAAUGGUUGGAAUGAUGUUUGGAAAUUGCAAAUAGUACCAGCUUAUUUAUGGUCUGCUGCAGCUGAAUGGUAUCAAUCGUUAAAAGUAGGAGGAUAUAAUGAAGCCCAGAAAACUCAGAAGUUUAUCUCAGGACUUAUUUGA